AUGACGGAAACCGAGACUGCUUCGACAUUUUGGGACGAAUUUACCAGUCCCAUUAAUUUGGUAUUGGUAUUUUUCAUUUUGUACCUUCUAUACAAGAUUUUAAGGUCGCAUUUUGAAACUGAAGAACCUCCAGCACCUCCACCGCCUCCAAUGGCAAAAUUAAAAAAGGAUAUGACUGUGGCCGAAUUGAAGAAAUACGAUGGUACUGAUGCGGAAGGGCGAGUUUUGCUGGCCGUAAACGGUAUAAUUUUCGAUGUAACAAGAGGGAAAAAGUUUUAUGGACCUGGUGGUCCAUACUCUGCGUUUGCAGGCAAAGACGCGACACGAGGUCUUGCUACUGGACAAGUUGCAGCAUCUGAUGCAGAAUACGACGACGUCAGCGAUCUAGGACCAGAUGAAAUUGCAUCAGCGAAAGAAUGGGAAGAACAGUUCAAAGAAAAAUACGAUAUUGUCGGAAGACUCUUGAAGCCCGGGGAAACGCCAAACAAAUAUAGCGAUGAAGAAAAUGAGGAUAAGAAAUCGCAA